CUCUCAGCCACCGAUUCGAGGCGAGAACUUAGGCCAUGAGCUCCGGCUCCUUCAAAUUCUGAGGUCGAUGUAAUGAGAUGAUCGGCGAUUGCUCGUGGACGCGAGCCGAACGCUUCUGAGCAAUUUCUUCGAUAGAGCCGUUCUCGUACAUUGAGAAAUAUCCGCAUAGAGCGGACAGUCCGACGCAGCUCACUUUAAAAGCCGUAUGACUCCCUUCUUCAUCUUCCCCUAGAUUCCGGGUGCGUCCAAGCUUUCCAUCAUCGCGUCAGCAUCGUUUUACUGCGUUCAAUCUACUACUAGAACUUCAUCUACUUAUUCUCCGUAUCGCAUCAUGUCACGAUCUAAAAUUGCUAUCAUUGGUGCUGGUCCCGCUGGCCUGACGCUAGCGCGCAUCCUGCAUAAGAACAACAUCCUUUGCACUGUGUAUGAAAGCGAUCAGUCCGCCACAUCGCGAACCCAAGGUGGCUCGUUGGAUCUGCACUCGCAUUCUGGGCAAGCGGCGCUCAAAGAAGCCGGUAUCUAUGAUGAAUUUGAAAGACUUGCUCGCUAUGAAGGAGAAGACUUCGUCCUCAAGGACCGCUUCGGAAACAUACAUGUCGAGGUGAAAGACACGCAACGUGGCCGCCCAGAGAUUGAUCGAGUGCAGCUGAGGCAGAUCCUUCUUGAUUCUUUGCCAAAAGACGUGGUCAAAUGGGAUCAUCAUGUGGACAGUGUCGAAAUUGGUGCCAUUCAUUUCCGAAAUCAACCCUCCGCCUCCGGCUUUGAGCUCAUCGUUGGCGCUGAUGGAGCCUGGUCCAAGGUUCGUCCGCUGCUCUCAACCGUCUCUCCGUUCUACUCAGGCAUAUCCGGUAUCGAGCUUCGCCAUCAAGACUUCGACGUCAGGCACCCCGAGCUCGCAGCCAUGGUCGGCAAGGGCUCUCACUUUGUGUUCGGGGAGGACAAGAGAAAGGCCCUGCUCUCCCAGCGCCAGGGCGACGGCUCCCUUCGCACGUAUGCCUUCAUGCACAAGCCCGAGAACUACAUCAAGACCGUCAGUCUCGACCUUUCAGACGGAGAGUCGGUGAAGAAACUUCUCUUGGAGGAGUACAAGGACUUCGCCCCUGAGCUCACUCGGAUCAUCAGAGACUGCGAUGUGGGGAAGGGAGACGAGAUCGUUUCCCGUGCCCUAUACAUGUUGCCAGUCGGUCUGACUUGGCCUACAACGUCAGGGGUAACCGUCAUCGGCGAUGCUGCACACCUCAUGACGCCGUUUACGGGCCAGGGAGUGAACAUGGCCAUGCUCGACGCACUCGAGCUUGGCGUCGCCAUCUGCAAACAGCCAGAUGCGCUCAUGGAAGCAGUCAGGCAGUACGAGCGUAGCAUGUUUCCCCGCGCGGAGCAGUGGACAAGCAGGACGUGGAAGAGCACUCUAUCGCGCUUCGCGCCGGGAGGUCUCAAAGAGUUCCGGGCCAGAAUGAAGACUAUGCUUGAAGAAGCCACAGAGCAAGGAUCCGUGAAGCCGCCAAACGUCAAGAUUUUAGAGGACGAAAUCUAGCGAUCAUGUUCAAAUCAUUGGUCGGUCUGUCAUCCUGAUCCUCUGUGGUAGGGAUAGAUAUCCUUUGGGGAUUUAGACCCUUCAAAUAAUUUCACGCUACCUACCGAGGCGGCGGAUCAGCAAAGCAGUAGAUAGGAUGAUACAAAUGCCGCCGCCGAGAAUAUAGAUCGAGUCGUUCAUAGCCACUCAAAGCUAG